GCCGUGAGAGAUAGUGCUUUGCUAGGCAUGACAACAAAGUACGAACAGUGAUCUGUGACUACAAAGUUUGAAUGUAAGCUCUUUGUGAUUAGGCAGGAAAGUUUGAGAUUGUGUGUACUAUACUGUCGAAGUAAGAGUGCGUCUCAGUUUGAGUUUUAUCCAGAAUGUCUGUUAAUUCAAGAAUGGAGCAGCUCCAAGCGACAGUUGAAGAACUUAAGAGACUUAGUAAUUUGACAGAACGACAGAAAGUGAAGGACAUUUUGCUAGUUGAAGCCAGGAAAAUUGAGACUGAAAUUUCAUUAUUGAGAGAACAGAGCGGAGCAGAAAUAGCAGAAUCAUCUUCAGGUGGUGCCCGAAAUGCACCUGCUCGAUGCUAUGAUGUGCGAUUAACUAAUUAUGCAUGGGACCAGUCGGACAAAUAUGUUAAAAUUUAUGUUACUUUAAAAAAUCUUGAAGCACUCAAUGAAACAAAUAUUGAAUGUGUUUUCACAGAAAGGUCUUUCAGUCUUAAGGUCAAUGGGCUUGAUGGCAAAAAUUAUAUACUGAAUAUAUGCAACUUGCUAGAGAAAAUAAUUGUUGCAAAGUGUUACUGGAAAAAGAAAGGAGAUACUUUGAUUGUUUUCUUGGCCAAAAAGUCUCCAGGGGCAAACUGGUCACAUAUGACAUCAGUAGAGAAGAAAGCAAGUGAGCCGAAGGUUCCAAAACUAAACCAUUCUGAUGACCCAAGUGCUGGGCUGAUGGAUAUGAUGAAACAGAUGUAUCAAGAAGGUGAUGAUGAGAUGAAGAGAACCAUUGCCAAAGCCUGGGCAGAAUCUCGUGACAAACAGUUUCCUCAUUAAGUCACAGCUGUCGCAAACACUUAAAUAAGUAUCAGUUUUGUUAAAGCUGUUCUCUGAGCAUCAUGUGCAGAACCUAAGGACAGAUAAUACAAAUUUUUGUGCAUUGCAGUGUUGUGCCAGUAGAGAGAUUGGGAUCAGUCAUUCAACAGAGAAUAAAUUGAUACUUCAUGACUAAACUGAUUUGAUGUGCAGUCUUUGACUAAACCUUAAUGAAUCAGAAUUGGUAAUAGGCUGCAGCACAAGGAAUCAGUUAUUUGUGAUAGUGUCCUGUAUCUUAUGUUGUUAGUUGAAAGUUGUCGUAUGUGUGUGUGUAUUAUGUUAAAUGUUGUAUUUGAAUAUAUAGCAUCGUUUUGUCAGAUUGUUUCAGCUAUAUUGUGUUCAAUAAUGAUUUUUCAGUAUUCACACAGUGGAAAUAAUGAACUUCCGCUAAAUUAGUGAGGAGAGGCAACACAAUUGUUAAAAAAUUGGUUUAGUUCUUCUUGUAAGUUGUCCAAAGCGAUGCUGUUAAAAAAAAUAUUUGUA